AGCUGGCCGUCACCUGAGAUACCUCUGAAUGUUUGAUGAGCUUCAUCAGAACCUUGGAGCUAAAGUACCGGAGCAGGUCAAUGCUGGGAGAGGAACUGUGAAGACUCCAGCAGGUGAUGGUAUCGGGAUGUCUGACGGGAAGCAGCGAAGCCUGUCCACCUCCGGGGAGUCUCUGUAUCACAUCCUUGGUCUGGAGAAAGGCUGUGCCCAUGAUGACAUCAAAAAGUCCUACAGGAAGUUGGCGCUGCGGUACCAUCCUGAUAAGAACCCGGACAACCCGGAGGCAGCCGAGAAGUUCAAGGAACUCAACAAUGCUCACUCUGUGCUGUCUGACCUUACCAAGAGGAACAUCUACGAUGCAUAUGGCUCCCUGGGACUCUAUGUGGCCCAGCAGUUCGGAGAGGACAAUGUCAACACCUACUUCAUGCUGUCCACCUGGUGGGCCAAGGGUCUGUUCCUGCUCUGCGGCAUUCUGACCGGAUGCUACUGUGGCUGCUGCUUGUGCUGCUGCUGCAAUUGCUGUUGUGGAAAACUCAAACCCACUGCCACUGGGGAGGGGGCGGAGCCAGACUAUGUCUCCCCUGAUGACCUGGAGGAGGAGAUUCGAAACAGUCCUGACAAUGAUGUUGAGACUCCAAUGGUUCACCAGCCAAGCAGCGCCAGCGAGAAGACGCAGCUGAUUGGAGAUGGACACCGCAGAUAUGGAGACACCUACACCUGAAGCAGGGAGCUGACAGGAAACUCAGCGCGUGUGAAUAUUUAAAAUGUCUGUUCUAAUAACCCCAAACACUCUAAUAAUUCAAACACCAUAUCACCUGAGACCAACACCUGAGGCCUUCCACAUAAUAAAUCCAGGAGACGGCCCAAACAAUAGAACACCUAAGUCUAAUAGCUAAGAUGUCCCAAACAAUGAACGACUGUAGACAAGGGGAAGGCAGCUCCGGUCCUGAGGGGCUGGUGUACUCCAUGGUUUAGAUGUGUCCCUGCUUCAGCACACCUUAUUUGAUUCAUGAACUGUAAUCACCUGAUUAAGGUGUGUUAAAGGUAGAGAAACAUAUUAAUGACAAAGGAACUCCCUGCAAUACACACCCAAAACGGUCUAGUCAUUCAACCUUGUGUGCUGAAAUAGCAGCAAUCCCCUCUAAGCAGGAACCAGUCUGACCUUUAGUGAACCAAUCUCUGUUGGAUUUCCUCAGUGUCUGAAACCCCUUUUAGUUACAGUGUCUCAAUAAACUCCUGCUCUGAUUGGCUGUUUAAUGGGCAGAGUCAGCCUAGAGGCAGAACUUUUAACUCUCCUCUAACCAAGAAGAACGUUACUACUGUUACCUUCCAGAGGAGAGAGCAGUGGUCAUGUGACCUCCCCUCAGUUUGUAAAAAAACUCAAAUAAAGGA